CAUGUCCCCGAGCCGCUGAGACAAGGUGGCAGGAGGACAGAAGAGGACCACCUAACCCCCCUCCCAGCUCCCCGACUGCCAUGGGGCUGCCCCACGGCCGCUGAGCAGGAUGGAGGGGCUCUGCCUGCUCUUGGUGGCUCUCUCCGCCACCGCGCCCAGAGAAGGGGCAGCGGUGGCACCCCGGAUUCAGGACAGCACCCCCCGCUUCGGUGUUCCCACAGCCCCCAUGGAGCCAACAGGACCCCCCAACACCUCGGCUGGAAACAUCUCGGUGGCACCAGGUCCCACCGCAGUGAGGCUGGUGGGUGGCCGGAGCCGGUGUGAGGGCCGGGUGGAGGUGGAAGAAGGAGGUUCUUGGGGCACGGUGUGUGACGACGCUUGGGACAUGGCCGACGGGGACGUGGUUUGCCGGCAACUGGGCUGCGGCCGUGCCAUGAAGGUCCACGGUGAGGCCACCUUCGGCCGGGGCAACGGUUCCAUCCUCCGGGAUGAGGUGGGCUGCCAGGGACACGAGGACCAUCUCUGGGACUGCCCGGCGGUGACGCAGCACGACUGUAGCCACAAGGAGGACGCCGGCGUGGUGUGUUCAGAACACCAGGAAUGGCAGCUCUCGGGUGGCCGGGACGGCUGUGCGGGUCGGGUGGAGGUCUUUUUCCGCGGCACGUGGAGCACGGUGUGCGACAGCACGUGGUACGAGAUGGAGGCCAAGGUGCUGUGCCACAGCCUGGGCUGCGGCCCGCCCCUCCGGCGACUCUUCUUCCCCCACACCUUGCCCAGUAGGAUGGUCUACGAGUGCCAGAACCUCCAGCCCUCGCUGGCCCACUGCUGGUGGGCUUACAAUAAAUCAGCUCCUUGCCACCAGUCCCAGGCGGUCGGCGUGGUCUGCAACGGCUCCCAGGGCUUGCAGACACCCACCCCGGUGGCCACAGUGACACCGAGCAACGUCACCCUCCUGAGAGCCGAGGAGGGGUCCCUGGCAGCGGGGGGACAGUCCCCCCUCUACAUGCCCCUCUUCAUCCUCUGCCUGGUGCUGAUGGUGCUCCUCCUCCUCACUGUCCUGGCCUUCACCACCGCCCUGCUGAGGGUGAGGAAGAUGAGCGCCCACGCCGUGUCCUCCCCCGGGCUGGCUGGGCCGGUCCUGGUGACCCACAGCAUCCAGAGCCCUGACGUGCCCUCCGGGACCUCCAACGACUACAGGGAGAUGCCCACCAGCCUUCCCAAAGGACCAGACCCACCGGUCACGGACCUUCCCAGCGCCAAGGACUCCGACUCCGACUACGAACACUACGAUUUCAGCAGCAAGCCACCCGUGGCCCUCUCCACCUUCUAUAAUUCCCUGCGCCAACAUCCCGGGGACCAGUCGCUCCCGUUGAUGCCCAACCAGGAUGGGAUGGAGCCGUUCCCUACAAGGGUGCCAGCCAGGCUGGGCCCCCCAUCCCGCAGCAGGGCGAGCAGCUCUUCCAGCUCCUCCUCUUCCUCCGCUGAGCCCUACUGCAACCACAGCGCGGCCCCCCCUCACGCCUGGGUCUGCCCCCAGCCCCCCGAGGAUGGCACCCACCCGCACGCAGCACCCAUCACCCACGGCUACGACAACUAUCCUGGCACAGCAGAGCCAUGCCUGCCCGCCCCAGUGCUGUCCCACCCCUGGACACCCGUGUCUCCAGCAGAGCCCCAUCCCGCUGACAGCUCCAGCACCUCCUCGGGGGAGUGGUACGAGAACGUGCAGGACAAGGAGCCACCCGGGGACCCCUCCUCACACCCCGGCUGGCCAGGUCCCUCCUGUCCCUUGGGGGGACACGCACAGGAGCCCGACUCCUCCGACGGCAGCGAUUACGAUGACAUCCAGGGCUCUGCCUACUGAGGCUGCCCCAUGGACCACAGGGACGUGGCCAAGGGGGGGGACAUGGCACUGCCAACAUCUCUGGACUUUCCCAGCCACCUCCUCCGUGCCGGGGUGGGGGGACGUGUCCCGGUGUCACCCGGGGGGACACUCUGCACAG